AUGAACUCGCUGGAUAGGAAGCUGAAGCUGCUCAAUUACACCCCCGUGGAUAUAAAAAAGGACGACGAGUUCUACUAUAUGAUAUUAAAAUUGGAAGAAGAGAAAAUUCGCCUGUACAAACCAAAGGAGAGGGAAAAAAUUAACUACACCAAGGAGAAGAACUACAUCGAGCAUAUUUUGAAAUACCUAAAAAAACUGAACAUCAAUGUGCGCAAUGUUAACAAAACGAAUAUGCACGAGGUGGGUGUCAGGACGUACAUCCUGAACAGCCUGACCACGUUGGCUUUGAUCGAUGAGUAUAAGGACCUCGUGGGCUACGACGAGGGUUGCGCAGAACAGCGUGAUGAGCAGUAUGAUGAGAAGCGUGAUGAGAAGCGUGAUGAGCAGCGCGGGGAUGGCGUGAACGGCCGCCCUGACAAUCACGUGGGAAACUCCCAACACACCGGGGACUACAACGCCCCCCUGCCGAACCAAAGCAUAAUCGCAAACUUCUUCGAAUUGAAUUACCUGAACCAAGCCGAGCUGGAAGAGCAGCGGAAACGAAGAGACAAUCUCAGAGUGAUAAACGAACAGAUUAACGAAAUAUUUAAAAAAUGUGACAUCCCUUUACUCGUGUGUAACGAACAGGAUGAUGCCAAGUGGAUCUUGUUUAAUUUUAACAUAAAGUUGGCCAACACCGAUUUGAAGGACUUUGCUUACAUCACGAGGUAUUUGCUUAACAGUGUGCUGAAGGAGAGAAAGGCCCACCUAAAGGGGGUUCUCAACGACAUUCAGAUGUUAACGUACAACCCGGUUAUAGACAUACGACAGGGGAAAGUGGGCAGAUGA